AUGUGGGGUGAGUUCCAGUGUAACCCACCAAACAGUACAUCACGAAACAGGCCAUCAGUUUGGGAAGAAACAACACAUGUGCGACAGCUGUGGCAGGACUUCCUCAUUCCAUUAGGUCCCUCGAGGGACAGCAUGGCUGACAAACCCUCGCCAUGUGUCAUGUGCAUGAAGGGCACACAGACCACCACUGCUGCAUUACUUCGUCACAGUCAUGUGCAUUCUACAGACAGACCGUUCAGUUGUGAUGUGUGUGGGAAGGGUUUCACCCAAGCAGCUCACCUGACCCGACACACACGGGUUCAUACAGGGGAGAAACCUUUUUCAUGUGGAGUAUGUGGUAAGAGCUUCUCACAAUCAGGUGACCUGACGAGGCAUACGAGGGUGCACACUGGUGAGAAGCCUUACUCUUGUACAGUCUGCCUGAAGAGGUUCUCACAGUCUGGGGACUUGAGUCGACACACACGGCGUGCUCAUCCUGGUGAAAAUCCUUUUUCAUGUACAGUAUGUUUGAAAAGUUUCUCGCAGUCUGGUGGUUUGACUCGUCACACAAGAGUGCAUGCUGUGACAAAUAGAGUGACUUCCACAACAUGUGAGGAUGUGUCACAACCCAACAGUUUCUCUUGUCAGGCACGUCUCAAUAUAGACCAGAGACAGUUCUUCACUGAUAUCAGCAAACAGUUUCCACAUCCCCCAAGUUUGCCCUGA